UAGGUUUUAUGGUGGUAGUAGGUUGGAGCCGACUGGAAUGUGCCGGCUGGUAUCACAAUGGCGCGGGAUUGUAGUUCCUCUCUCCCGACAUUACACUCUUCGCAACAACCAAUCAGCGAGAUGCGCGUCUACUCUCACUAGAUUUACACCACUUCUGGGGCAGCAGACAUCAGCAUCUCAACAAUGUAGGACAGCAUACAAUCCUUUUAAUCAUUACGGAGAGAGUGAGGACAUUCCACAUGACCAUGAAACUGAUGAGGCUGAUAAACCUAAAGGAAAGCAAAAGCGGCAGGACAAGCGCCGUAAACUGCAACAAAGUGGCCACAGCACCCACAACCACUCUGAUGAUUUAGACGGGGACUCAGUAACUGACAGUGUGUUGUUUCACGACUUCAGAAUAGUUGGGUGGUCUCCUGAGGAGAUCUACUCUGUUGUUAUGAAUGUAGCGGAGUAUAAGGAGUUCAUUCCUUACUGCAUUAAAAGUCCUGUAGUGUCGCAACAUUCUACUAAGAGACAUGAUUACAUGGAGGCUGAAUUGGAGGUUGGUUUUAAAUAUUAUCAAUUGAGCUACACUUCUAAAGUUGAUGGAUCCACUACCUUGGAUGGGAAAAAGAUAGUAACGGCGGUGUGCGAAAACAAGAAGCUGUUUGACCAUCUUAACAUGGAAUGGGUAAUCGCUCCCGGACCUAAGGAACACACCUCUACCAUGGACUUCAAUGUCUCGUUCGCGUUUUCCAAUGUAGUUUACAACACGGUUGCCAGUAUGUUCAAAUCUUCAGUCGUCGAUCAAAUGAUCCCGGCUUUUGAGAGCCGACUACGUGAAGUGUACGGUGAGCCCACCAUCCUCUCAUCCUUAUCAGCAGCUGCUGGAAAAGUUCACCGGCGCAAAAAAAGACGGUAGAAUAGUCACCGUUAAUGAGAGACUCUACAGAUUUUAUAACCGAACGUUCAUUAUGAUCAUAGGAAUUUUUCUAAUUUUCUAUGUGACGAUUAUAUAAUUCGGAUGUGACCCCAUCGAUGAUUCUGCAAUGUAUUUAUUUGAUCACAGAAAUAUUUGGGAUAAAAGUUGCACUACUCCCGUGAUUCCCUGUAUUCAGUAAUACCAACACCCCAUACCAACAAUGAAGAUAAUAUACUGAACUUGAAGAUUGGAGUGUUGACUGUAUCGGAUGUUGCUUGUUGUAAAAUUGUAAAAGGAAACAAUUUUUCCGUGAAGAUGUGUUAAGUGAUAAUUGGUACUAAGAAUUUAUUUGAUUUUCAAGUUCUGUGCAA